GAAAGAAUAACGGUGUUAGUUCGGAAAACGGAUACAUCACUUCCUAUACAUUAACUUGGUAGUCGUUUAUAUAAGUAUAAAAAUGCUUCAAAUUAUAUAUUCUAGAGGCCAAAUUCCCCGCUUAACGCGAUGGAAUAUACUCUGUAUAGCACUAUGGGUGACUUUGUCUUAUAAUAUUCUAAAAUGGACAAUAGGUUUAAGUCAUGUGAUUUUAUUUUUAGCUUUGUCUAGUGUAUGUUAUGCAUGUUUUGUAAAAUUUAAUGGAAACGUGUCAAUUAGGAAGCUACGUGAUAAAAGCAUUGCGAAAUCGCAAGCAAAAGCUGUUUUAAUUACAGGGUGUGAUACAGGUUUUGGUUUUCUGACAGCCAAACGUUUGAGUGAAAGAGGAUAUCAAGUUUUUGCCUGUUGUCUUUUUCCUUCCAAAAAUGGUGGAAAAGAGCUCAGUGCCAUUCCUAAUGUACAUUCUCUAGGUGUGGAUGUUUCUAAAAAAGAAGACGUAAUUCAAGCUUUGGAUUUUGUUAAGCAACAUUUAGGAAAAAAUGAGCUGUGGGCACUUAUCAACAAUGCAGGAAUCAGCAAAGGCUCAGAUAUAGAAGUAACUUCUAUGGAAUCAAUAGAAGAAGUAAUAGCUGUAAACCUUUUAGGCACCAUUCGACUAACAAAAGCUUUCUUACCACUACUUCAAAAAUCAAAAGGGAGAAUUAUUAAUGUUGCAAGCGCAGCUGGAAGAUUCGUUAUGCCUGGAUUUUUGCCUUAUUCUGUCAGCAAAAAUGCAAUUAUAUGGUUUAGUGAUGGUCUUAGAUUAGAAGUAGCAAAAUUCGGAAUAUCUGUUGUCACGAUUGAGCCCUGGAUAUAUAAGACAAGGCUUUCGGAUCCAUCUGCCCUUUCAAAUUAUGUAGAAAAACAAUGGAAUAACUCAAAAGAAGGAGUAAACAAAGAGCAACUUAAAUAUGCCAAAAAGAUCAAACGAAAUACCGGAAGUAUAUUUGGAUCCCUCAUGAAUCCAAAUUUAGAUGAAGUGAUCAAUGUCAUGGAAGAUGCGGUAACCAGCAGUUGUCCCCCUUACACAUACAGACCAGGCAAAUUGUACUUAAAUUUACUCUUAUGGCUUUCUUCCUUACUUCCGAAACCAAUUGUUGACUAUGUGCUAUGUUAUGUUAUAUUUAAAUGUGCAUAAAUGUUUCAGUAAACAAACUAUUAGACUGCGUUUAUUUAUAGCUCUUGAACUUGAAAUCGAAAGCUUAUGCCAUUUGUUUUAUAUUGUAAUAAAAUUUUAUUCUCUGUUA